AAAAAAAAACCCAAAUAAAAAGUUUAGGAUAAAGCAAAAAGGUAAGGCACCAUAGGAGCUGAGCGAGGGCCUCUGUCUCUCCCUCCUCCAUUGAAUGUAAGUACCAGAUAUAUAAAACCUUACUUUCUAGAUUAAGAAGUUCCUAUAUUUGAUUUGAUUUUGGGAUAAUGUCAGUCUCUCUCCAAUUCUUAACCACCACUUCCACCACCACCACUGCCGCCGCCGCCGCCUCCGUGGCUGUCUCAUCUUCUCUAUCCUCGUCGCUAAUCCCGUCUUCUUCGGGUAUUCUUUUUCGAUUUCUUCACAAUCAUCACCGGAAUUUAGCUAAUUAUUUCAAUGGAGGUGGACCGUUAUUAUGCAGAAGUAGUCAAACGAGUUUUACUAAAUCCAAACCGGUUUUACUCCCUUCUUCAGCUCAUUAUUAUUCCGGUCAAUUGAGGAGCAAUUUAGAAGAUUCUCGCCGCCAUAUCGCCGCCUUUUCCGCCGCUUCUGAUGUUGGUCCUACUACUAGCAGCAGUAACAGCAGCACUGCCGGUGAUGAUGAACCUUUUAAGGACGCCGCCGAAAUUGAAAGUGAUGCUGAAGAAGAAGAGUUUUGUUUUAAUUUUAAUGACGUUGACCGUUGGGAUGUUUUGGGACUCGGUCAAGCAAUGGUCGAUUUUUCGGGAGUUGUUGAUGAUGAGUUUCUAGAGAGGUUGGAUUUAGAGAAGGGAACAAGGAGGCUUGUGCACCAUGAGGAAAGAGGUAAAGUUUUGCGAGCAAUGGAUGGCUGUAGCUACAAGGCUGCGGCUGGUGGAUCGUUGUCCAAUAGCCUGGUUGCUCUUUCGAGGCUCGGUAAUCUUCCUGUUGGAGGGCCUGUUUUGAAUGUAGCCAUGGCAGGCAGUGUAGCUAGUGAUCCAUUGGGUGGAUUCUACAGGGCCAAAUUGCGUAGGGCGGGCGUGGAAUUUCUUUCUGCACCAGUCAAGGAUGGGACAACUGGGACGGUUAUAGUUCUUACUACUCCUGAUGCCCAGCGCACAAUGCUUGCAUAUCAGGGAACAUCAUCCAAAAUUAACUAUGAUCCUGGAUUGUCCGACAUAAUUUCCAAGACAAGUAUUCUUGUUGUUGAAGGCUAUUUAUUUGAACUUCCUGAUACUAUAAAAUCAAUAACACAAGCAUGCAAGGAUGCACACAGCAAUGGAGCUCUUGUUGCAGUAACAGCAUCUGAUGUUUCGUGCAUUGAGAGGCACUAUGAUGAUUACUGGGAGAUAAUAGGGAACUAUGCUGAUGUGAUAUUUGCAAACAGUGAUGAAGCUAGAGCCCUAUGUAAUUUUUCAUUGAAGGAAAGCCCUGCCUCUGCAACAAGAUACCUAAGCCAUUUUGUCCCACUUGUGUCUGUAACCGAUGGUGCUCGUGGGUCCUACAUCGGGGUCCGAGGAGAAUCAGUAUACAUCCCUCCAUCACCUUGUGUACCAAUAGACACGUGUGGAGCAGGAGACGCUUAUGCAUCAGGGAUUUUAUACGGUUUAUUAAGAGGAGUAACAGAUAUGAAAGACAUGGGUACAUUAGCAGCUAGGGUUGCAGCUGUUGUUGUUGGACAACAGGGUACUCGGCUUAGGGUUCAAGACGCUGUUCAAUUGUCCGAGUCAUUUUCUUUCCAUCUCGAGAAUUCGACAAUUUGACUGGAGUUUAUCUGUUCCUUCACUCCUUGUAUGUUGAAUAUGAAUAGACCAUUAUUUGAUAUUAGUUCACUUGUCCAUAGUAAUGUUUAUUUUUUAUUGUACAUUAGUACAUUACUGAUUAUAGUUCCAGAAAGGAUAUCGCUUUACUUUC